GUGUGGCAGAGAAGUUAAAUUCGAUCUCCUCUUUCUUACUCUCUUUGUUCGCAAAAGGCAAAACAAUACAAAAUAAAACGUGGAAAAUACUUAUUUCUAAAUUCAUAAUUCCGAAAACGGAAGAAGAAUUCAGAUCUAAAAUAUUUCAGAUUCAAUCCAACUCAAUUGUCUGAAUGAUUUUGGAUUCCGAUUCCAAUCUGUAAAACCCUAGAAAUCGUAGUACAUACAGUAAUGGAGCAAUUGAAGACCAUAGGGCGGGAGCUGGCCAUGGGAUCGCAGGGUGGCUUCGGCCAAUCCAAGGAGUUUCUCGACCUCGUCAAGUCGAUCGGAGAAGCCCGAUCCAAGGCCGAAGAGGAUCGCAUCGUUCUUCACGAGAUCGAAACCCUCAAGCGCCGUCUCACCGAGCCUGACAUCCCCAAGCGCAAGAUGAAGGAGUAUCUCAUCCGCCUCGUCUAUGUCGAGAUGCUUGGCCACGAUGCCUCCUUCGCUUACAUCCACGCAGUCAAGAUGACUCAUGAUGACAAUCUACUACUCAAGCGCACUGGCUAUCUCGCCGUCACUCUCUUCCUCUCCGACGAUCACGACCUCAUCAUUCUCAUCGUCAACACUAUCCAGAAGGACCUCCGUUCCGAUAAUUACCUUGUUGUUUGUGCCGCCCUCAAUGCCGUCUGUAAGCUCAUCAACGACGAGACCAUCCCCGCCGUUUUGCCCCAGGUCGUCGACCUCCUCGCCCACCCCAAAGAGGCCGUCAGGAAGAAGGCAAUCAUGGCCCUUCAUCGCUUCCACCACAAAUCCCCUUCUUCCAUUUCCCAUCUCAUCACCAAUUUCCGUAAGCGACUCUGUGACAACGACCCCGGAGUCAUGGGCGCCACUCUCUGUCCGCUCUAUGAUCUUAUCAUCACCGAUCCCAACUCUUAUAAGGACUUGGUAGUUAGUUUCGUCAGCAUUCUCAAGCAGGUGGCGGAGCGCAGGUUGCCCAAAGCUUAUGACUACCACUCCUUGCCUGCCCCUUUCAUUCAGAUUAAGUUGCUCAAGAUUCUAGCUUUGCUGGGACUUGGGGAUAAGCAAGCUAGCGAAAAGAUGUACACCGUCGUCGGAGACAUAUUCCGCAAAUGUGAUUCAUCUAGUAAUAUAGGAAAUGCUGUACUUUACGAGUCCAUUUGCUGUGUUUCUUCUAUAUAUCCUAAUACCAAGCUAUUAGGGGACGCCACCGAAGUCAUUUCCAGAUUUUUGAAGAGCGAUAGUCAUAAUCUCAAAUAUAUGGGCAUUGACGCUCUUGGUCGACUUAUAAAGAUGAGUCCCGAGAUAGCCGAGCAACAUCAACUGGCUGUGAUUGAUUGCUUAGAGGACCCGGAUGAUACUCUAAAACGAAAAACGUUUGGACUAUUAUACAAAAUGACCAAGUCCUCCAAUGUUGAAGUGAUUGUUGACCGUAUGAUUGAUUACAUGAUAAGCAUUAAUGAUAAUCAUUACAAAACUUAUAUAGCAUCUCGAUGCGUUGAACUUGCAGAACAAUUUGCACCUAGUAACAUUUGGUUUAUACAGACAAUGAAUAAAGUCUUCGAGCAUGCUGGAGAUCUUGUGAAUGUAAAGGUGGCACAUAACUUGAUGAGGUUGAUUGCUGAGGGGUUUGGAGAUAAUGAUGAAACUGCGGAUACUCAGCUGAGAUCAUCUGCUGUACAGUCGUAUUUGCAUAUUCUUAAUGAGCCCAAACUGCCAUCAGUAUUUCUUCAGGUCAUUUGUUGGGUUUUGGGGGAAUAUGGAACUGCUGAUGGGAAGUAUGAUGCUGCCUAUAUCACUGGAAAAUUAUGUGACAUUGCAGAGGCAUAUUCUGGUGAUGAAACUGUUAAGGCUUAUGCUAUUACAGCAAUCAUGAAAGUAUAUGCUUUUGAAAUAGCAGCUGGGAGAGAAGUGGUUAUGCUACCUGAGUGCCAAUCUUUGGUUGAGGCAUUAUCAGCUUCACACUCUACAGAUCUGCAGCAACGAGCAUAUGAAAUGCAAGCUGUCAUCGGCUUAGAUGCUAACGCUGUCAGGAGUAUCUUGCCAUCUGAUGCAAGUUGUGAAGACAUAGAGAUUGAUAAAGACCUUGCCUUCCUCAACAGCUAUGUUCAACAGUCAAUAGAACAAGGUGCGCAACCCUACAUGCCCGAGAGUGAGCGCUCUGGAGUGCUAAAUAUUAGCUCUUUUGGAAGCCAAGUACAGCAUGAAGUGACUAGCCAUAGUCUAAGAUUUGAGGCUUAUGAAGUUCCAAAGCCACUAGUUCCAUCAACAAUCGCUCCUCUUGCAUCUCCAACUGAACUUGUUCCAGUACCUGAGCCAUCCUAUCCUAGGGAGACUCAGCAGGCAGCAUUAGUUCCAUCAGUUGUUUUAGACCCAGGAGCAGGAUCAUCCGAUCUUAAGUUACGGCUUGAUGGUGUUCAGAAAAAAUGGGGCAGGCCAAAUUACUCCACUUCUGCAUCAUCAUCCUCUGAAUCUACUUCCCAGAAAACAACUAAUGGGGUUGCACAAACAAAUGUUAGCACUGUAAACUCAAAAGGCCGAGAAACAUAUGACUCAAAGAAAACACAAGUUGAAAUCAACCCAGAAAAGCAGAAGCUUGCUGCUUCAUUAUUUGGGGGUUCCUCAAAAAGUGAGAGAAAGACUUCCUCUACAAACCAUAAGGGGGUAAAAGCCAGUAGCAGCCAUGCAACAGAAAAGCCUCAGGUACCAAAAGUGCCCAGUGAAAGUUCUGUGGACAGGACAAAUAUUCAAGCUCCUGAUCUGCUCGACUUAAGCGAACCAACUGUGACAAGUGCUCCUCCAUCUAUUGAUCCAUUCAGGCAGUUAGAAGGGCUUCUCGAUCCAGCUCUAGUUUCUUCAAGUGCAAAUCAUGGUGGGGAUGGUGCUUCUAAAGCACCUGAUUUAAUGGCUUUAUAUUCUGAUACACCUGUAAGUGGCCAGAGUAGCGGGUUCGAUGUUAAUGUUGCUUCUGAAUUAUUGAAUCCUACCGAGACCAAUCAAGGCGGGGCUACAGGUGCAUAUCUCACUCAAUUUAGCAAAGGUCCGAAUAGGAAGGAGGCUUUAGAAAAGGAUGCCCUUGUAAGGCAGAUGGGGGUUACCCCAACCAGUCAGAAUCCAAAUUUGUUUGGAGAUCUGCUUGGGUAAAUGAUGCGGGGCGGGGCAUAAAAAAGAUUUCAAUAUUCGGACCGGGCAACCUUUUGGUUAUUUGAUGUAUGCAAUUUCUUUUUAACCUUGAAGGCUGAAAAAAAAGGGAAAGAUAUGAUGUAGAUUUCACAAGCUAGAGAAGCAGAGAGAAACCCUUGUGGAAUGAUGAAAUCUCCACUGGAGACAUUGUAAAAAAAAAUCAGGCAUAUUGGGUUGGGUUCUGUAGAAAAUAGGAUAUAGUUGGUGAUGAUGCACUGAUCUCUGUUCUCACAGCUUAACCAGCCUAUUGGGUUUGCUAGGGCCAUUCAUCUGGUGGGUUUUCCUUUCUUUUUUUUUUUUUUUUAAUUAUUUGGUUGGGGAGAGGAGAGAGGGAGAAAGGCUUUUUUGAGGGUUCUAAAGUUAUGCCAUGAGGUUUUUUCCAAGCACGUGUAUUAUUAAGAUUUUGCAUUUUCUCUACGACUUGUUGAAUUAAUGUUGUAUUAAUAAGAGUUUCUCUUUCCAUUUUUUUUACUA